AUGUCAGGUGAGCCGGAUACGUCGGAGGUAGCACUGAGGAUACAAAUGCUUGGGAGACUCCUCGCCGACGACUCAUUCUUGGACGCUGAGAUCAAGAAGGAGAUCAAAAAGUAUGACGACGAUGGUAAUCUCAAGAUCGAUAGAGUAGAGUUCCAGAAAAUGCUGAACUGCUAUCUAGUGACGUUGAGCGAAGAAGGAAGUUCAGAGAAGUUUGACGAUAUUGACAAGGACGGGUCUGGAUUUAUCGAAAUAAGCGAGCUUAAACAGGUUCUCCGAAAGCAAAUAGUGCAGGAGGUAGACAAACUGAAGCUCCAGAACGGAACAAUAUUUGACUGUUAA